ACUUGCAAAUACAUUUUUACUAAAAUAGUAACUCGCUCUGCUAAUUUUCGCUUGUUAAGAAAGUUUAUGUAAAUCUAGUAAAAUUAAAUAUUUUAUUCAUUUAAUUAUUGCGAAAUUUUCAAAAAAAAAUCCACUCGUGUAAGUAUGGUAACCCGCAGAAUGUAUGAACAAAGCGAGCGGAGACUAUCGACAGACGUUAAUUUCAAAAAGUAUUCAUUCAAUUGAAUUUCGUGUACUCUCCGUUCUCUUUCGAAAUUGUGUAGCGUUGCGCUGCGCGCAGAAUUGUAAUCGACGUUACCUGCUCCGCGCGCAGCGCUGUCGGUUGUUAUGAAAUUUCUUCUCAGUGAUGCUCUCAGUUGAUUUUGUGCGCUCAGUGAGGAAGUGCGCGCUUUUCUACAAGUUGUUCGUUACGUUUGGAUAUUUUCAGUGUGAUUGGAUUUUGUCCCCAACAACUGCAUGACCGGCCGGCUGCGAAUUUGGAACGAAAAAGUAGUGAGACGAAUGUGUGUGUGGAGAAGAAGGAAAAGAAACGGAAGAAACACAUAGAGCCCGCUUAUUUUUGAAAAGACACAAGAAACGGUUAAGGGCUUACCUAAAGUCCAUGUGAAAAAUGUUAUUGUGCAUAUAUUUCUCCGCAAUAUCGCAAAGCGAUAUAAAAACUAUUCACAGUCGAAUUGGCAAUUAAAAAAACACUUUUGCGUAAACAAUAUUUUGCCUUUUUGUGGAAGUUAAAAAUUGAAGAUUCGCAUUAAACAAAAAUAAUAUGCACAUAGAAUCACAAAGGAAAAUAGUGAAGAACGGCAAGCUGCGAUUAAGAACGACUUUGAGCGAAGUGUAAAAACUCAAAUUGGACAAAUAUAUAAAAAAGCAACGUGCGAAAGUGUAUAGAAGGCAAUGCGAAUAAGCUUAAGUAGUAAAACAAUUUUAUACAUGCCAAUACGUUUAUGCGAGUGUGAAGUUGUUGCGCUUGUGGUCUUUUGUUAAACACUCGCGCCACCGGCCCCCUCGUCAUGUAAACGGUUCCGUUAAAUGUACAUACGUUCUUACGGAACGGCACAUAUUUGUUAAGACCAACUAAGUUGUGGAGUUGAAUCAAAUAAAUUGCAAGAAGCAAUUAAAAAGCAGCAAAUACGUGGAUGCUAAGAAACUUUAAAAAAUGUUCGAACUGGAGGAUUAUUCAAGUGGUUACCACGAUGCGAUCCUUAAUAAAUACGCUGAGACAUCGAGACCCACACUGGAUCUGUACAUCUCGGAUUCGCUGCAGGACAUGCUGGAUGUCGAUAUACGCAGCGAGAUUUCGAGUGUAGUUGGGGGAAACAAUGAAUUUGCUUCCCUGGUCAACGAUUUGCCGUCCUCUUUUGAUCACGCCAUCGAUGCCAUUUCUUCCAUACACAACAGUAGCGGUAUUAGUAGUAACCACAAUUCGGCUGCACUAUCCUCCUCCACAAGCAGUUUUUCCUCUUGGCUGGGCAAUAUGUCAGGACCGUCAUGGUCGUCAUCAUCCAACGAUUACUAUGUCGAUUUGGGCGCCUGCGUAGAUCCUGUUUCCGUAAUGCCAUAUGUAUCCUCAUCAUUGUUGCAUAAAUCGCCGAAAGUCAAUUUGAAUGCGAAUAGUUUACAGAAUUCUGUACGUUCUCCACCGCCCCCGUCACCGAACGUAAACGAAACCAAAUCACAUUUAACAUUUUCACCUGCCCAAUUGAAAGUAAGCGCCGGUGCAAUGCGCAACGAGCAGCUUUACUCACACAUACCAAAGCAGAUAGUGGCGAUUUCGUCGACAGUGACAGCGGCCACCACAGCGCCGGCCACACUGGCGACGAACUCGGCACUCCAGCGCAAGAAUUCCACUGCGGUGGAUACGAUCAAAAAGGAUUUGGGCGUCGAGUUGCGCAAGCUUACCACCGCCACGCCGGAGGAGCACAGAGUGAGUGUCGCUGGUGGUGGCGCAAACGUCAUCAAGGGCAAGCAGAUUGGCAAUGGCGUCACAAAAAGUGUUAGUAGUGGCAACAGCAGUAACAUCAGUAGCAGUAACAUCAGUAGCAGUUUAUUAAGCUCGAAUAGCAUGCUGAAUAGCACGAUAACGAAUACUAUUAAGCUGGCGCCCGGUAUUGGUGGUCUCACCUUUGCCAACAGCAUCGCUUACAAUAAAUUGAAACAGCAGUCUGCUGUGAAAACAACAACGACGAAUGGACAAUCAGGCGCAACGAACAGCACGAUUAUGCUCAAGCGAGAACGUGACUCCAGUCCGUUGCAGAGUAUAAGUGUUGUGAAUGCCAAUGGUGGUAGCAUCGGCGGUGGUCAGCAACAUGUCACAAAAUUGGUGGGGCGAAAUGUACAAAACUCCAGUUUUACGCCAAAAAGUAUCGCAUCUGUACACUCACCGCUCAUGCAGCACAAUAGCAGCAAUUCGAUCGGUUCGCCAUCGUCGUCGUCAUCCUCAUCGCACUCAUCACCGUCAACGGGUUCGAGUGGUGGCAGUUUUACUGCCGGUCUCAUACCAAUCACUGUAAACAGUGGAUCAGCCAACACAUCGUCAUCCUCUGCCAGCACCACAACAAUUACCACCAUAUCCGUGAAACCGUUACAACAGCGUAUCAAGGUCGCACCAGUGGAAUCUGAAUUUCCCAAACCCGCAUAUUCGUAUUCUUGUCUCAUAGCAAUGGCUUUGAAGAAUUCCCGUAGUGGUUCACUGCCCGUGUCCGAGAUAUAUAGCUUUAUGUGUGAGCAUUUUCCAUACUUUCGCACAGCGCCGUCUGGCUGGAAGAAUAGUGUGCGUCAUAACCUCUCACUGAAUAAAUGCUUCGAGAAGAUUGAGAAACCCGCGACAAAUGGUAAUCAACGCAAAGGUUGUCUGUGGGCCAUGAAUCCGGAACGCAUUUCGAAGAUGGAUGAAGAAGUGCAGAAAUGGUCACGUAAGGAUCCCAUGGGUAUACGAAAUGCAAUGGUGCAUCCCGAACAUUUAGACGCGUUAGAGCGCGGCGAAAUGAAACAUGGCAGCUCAGGUGAUUCCGAUAUCGAAUUGGAUAGUCAAUCGGAAAUUGAGGAGACUUCCGAUUUGGAAGAGCAAGAGUUAGACGACACUAUUGUGGAUAAUAUGUUCGUCGAGGAGGAUAUUGAAGAGGACGAAAUGAUGAGUAGCGGCAUGGUGAUAAAUAAUGCGGAUACGCUCAGUGAAACGGGCGAUAUGAGCAACUGUGGUGCUGGCGAGGAUGUUGUUGGCAUGCAACAAAAUCGUGAUUUUGAUAUAGAGGUGAGUUUGGAGACACACAAAAUUAAAAGAAAGGAGAAGUUGGUGCAAAGAGUGCUUGAGCGUGAGCAGAAGGUCGAAGAUAUUUACGAUGCAAUUGAUAUCGAAGACGACAAAGAAACGUUGCAACGGCAUCUAUCUGUGAACCAAAGCGAUAUAAUUGAACUUAGUCCUGCCGAUUUGAAUGCUGCCGCGCAAUCGCCGAAGCGUGCGCGCCUCAAUAUAAACUAUUCCAUUGGCCCCGCCGGUGAGUUGGAAAAGCAAAUACAACAACAAAAACUGCAACAACAGCACCAACAGCAGCAGCAGCAACAACAGUUGAUACUACAGAAACAGCAUUUUAAACAAAAUCAACAGCAACAACAACAACAACAACACAUACAACAUACAAUCAAACAAUAUAAAGUGCAGUCACAGCAUAUUGUUGUGCAGACGAUAACGAAUGGUAGCAAAACAACCAAACUACAGGCGAUUAAUACAGCGACAAACGCCACAAUUGGCAGUGUGAGUGGUGCGCUCUCCAACCUAGGCAUGACACAGAUCAAUGGCGUACUGUCGAAUAAUCGUCGUAAAAUACAAUUAGUCAAUCGAAUUGUUUAAAAGCAAAACAAAAACUUGGAAUUCACACACAAAGCGCCACACUCAGGCAUUUGUUCCUAAAGAACAGCACUUAGAUAGUGAGAACAGAAAGAAAAUAAGAUAUUCAUUUAAAAUGUUUUAAUAUGAAUAGUAAUUAGUAUAACCAAAUAUGUAACACAAUGUAUACGCCGGUGAAGGCAAUUACUUGACAAGGAUAUAUCUGCAGGGUAUAUCUUCAGCUAGCAACCCUGGUUGCUUGUUUAAUAUUAUUUUUAUUCGUUUUUAAAGUGAAUUUGUUAUAUUUGAAAUAUGUUAUCACACGAAAGUCGCAAGAAACUCACUCGCUUAGUCUAGGUUUUAAAAAAAUCUCGCAUGUGUCAAACACAGUAUUCAUUUUGAGUAAAUACAUUUCUUUUGCUUUGAAAACGAAUAUGCCAAUAAUAUUAAUAAUAGGAGGAAUAAGAAGUAAUUGCAUUUGUACGAAUACGCUUAAAACGUUGCGUUAGUUUCAAAAUGACCGAGUAUAACUGCUUUGCAUUGUGUUGUGUGUGUUCAUAACGAAUUAAACGGCUAAGUUAGAGAAGCAUGCUUAUAUUAAUUAAUUAAUUUCAGUAAAGUUGAAAUCGAUAGUUAUUUUUCGCAAUGAAAUAAUUGAAUACUAAAAUGCAAGCAUGCUCGUGUUAAGAAUAUUAAAAAUUAAAAGAAAAAUAUUCAUUAAAUUUGUAAGAGCUCGUAAGCGACCCAUGUUCUAUGAAUAUUUCAAUUAUUAUAUUGCAAUAUGACUUUCAUAUACAAAAUUGGUGUCCAAUAUUUUGUAACUGUAAUAUUUUUAAUUUUAACAGAAGUUUUUCUUUUCUUUUUUAUGUAUUUUGUGCGCUUUAGUUUACAGUUCUUACAAGUAAGUUUGUAACGGGCACGUAUCAAAUUUUACGAACUUGACAAAUUAAUAUGCUUAAUUUUGUAGCGCUCUUCAUUUACGCCUUUUUCCCUAACUUGAUCUCUUUGUUUCGUAAGUUUUCAACGAUUUUCGAUGAUUUUCAACAAACUACGAAAGACGAACGAUUAUUAAUUUCGAUUUUAAUAAUAAUUAAUUUUAAUGGUAAGCACACAAACGAAGCAAACGCCAACAACGCUCGAGUAGCUUCACAACAGCAAGUUUUCAAACAGUUUAUUCGUGUAGUGUAAGACUCACUAAUGAUCUUACGAAGAAACCACUACAUAUACAGUUGAACUUCCACAAUUCCAAUCACCAUAAUUCACAAAAAAAACUUCGAGUUACGGAAGGUAAUUUGUAUGAACUUUGACUUCUAUUGCCAAUUCAAGAGUUCGGGUUAUACAACUUCGAGUCAUGGAAGUUCAACUGUACUUGAUUAACUGUUAUUUAAUGUUUAAAAGUUUGCACGAAUUCAGACGCUUGCUUUGCUUGUGUACAAAACCAUAAACUGUAAAUAUAAACGAAAGAAAAAACAAAUCGUAAAAAAAUAAAAAAAAUCUGACUGAGCAGAAAGUCUCUAUAAUAAUGAAAAUAAUAUUAUUUUUGUACCUGCUGCACUUGUACAUACAUUUAAAAAAUAUAAACAAAUGUGUGAGUUUGUGGGACUUUCGUAUACUUAAUGGAUAUAUAAUUUAAUUUAAUAUAAUUUAGUUGUUAAGCAACACAAGAGCCCGACUUUCAAUACAAAACAAUAAAAAAACAAAAAAUAAUAAAUGUGAAAUUGUGAAAUGCAAUUACCCAUAAGUUUUGGGCCUAAUACGCUUUUGGACAAUAGUAAGAUGUUUUAUUUCAUUGAAGAUAACUUAUUGUACGACUCUGGUAUAUGGUGGUCUAUGUACAGUUGCAUUUCAAGUCAUUCCUCACAACAUUACCUUUUGUAGUUUCUAAAUAUCAAAUAUAAAAAUGUAGCAUAUUAAGUCAUAAAUAUGUAAAGCCAAUCUUGCCAGGUCAGUAUUUAAGUAAAUUCAACUGAAAAAAUGAAAAAAAAAAAACAAAAAAUUCCAAACAUUGUUUAACUAAUGUGCGGACCUACAUGCUUACAAUAAUAACAAUAUUCAUAUAUAACAUUAAAAAUAGUGUAGUUAUGACGCGCGGUGGGUGUUUUUACUUACCUCAUACAUUCAACAGUCAAUUGAACAAGAAACAAAAAAAAAAAAAUCAUUAGCACAUAAACAAACAUAAACAGUAACAUAACCUCAACUUAUUAUAAAACUCUUGUAAAUAUUAGCUUUAAGUUAUCAACUAAAGUUAAUACAUGCUGUAACUAUAUAGUUUUAUUUUACAUAUUUAACAACAACGAUAACUAAUAACUACACCAAAAGGCGUUAAUACGUUUACUGUUUGCAUUUAAUGAAGCAAUUUUAAUUUUAAUUUUUUUCACGAAGCAGUUAAUUCGAAUUGCCGAAUACACAAAAUGACAACAAAAAAGUACAAGCAUAGAAAAAAAUUCAUAAAUAUUAUUUUUAAUUUUAAUAACUAUUUAAUUUUUUUUUAUUCCAAAUUACCGUCGUCAAAUAUCUUAAAUGAAAUAGUACAAACCUAAUUUACAUUUAAAGCGCUAUAAAAGCAAGCUACUAACACAUUCAGACGGAGACGGCGCGCGCAGUUCUGACCAAAUUCUAUUAUAAUUUUUUACGCUUCCACACAUAAACGCAUUUAAAGUCAUUCACACCAUACAUAUAUAGAGUACAUAUGUAUAUAGCUGCAUCAAAACAUGUCGGUAUGUAUGUAUGUAGUAUGUAAUCGAAUAGAAUUGGCGCAUUUGAAUAUGUUUAGACUAGUGUAUGCAAAUGCAUUUUUACGAGUGUGUGGAUAUUAUACAUAUACAUAUAU